AUGGCCCUGCGUCGUCAACCGUACAAGGAUUCUGCUAGACCUUGGGUUCCAAUUAUGGAAAAGCUGUAUCUUUAUGCAGCCCCGUGGAGAAAGCAUGCGCUAAAAGAUCUCCUGAGCAGCAUCCAGAAGACCUCAACCGAGCAUGAUGGCCAUCGCAUUGUUGUGAGACGCGGACUCAAAUUGGGACCUGACUUUCAGUGGAUACGGACGGCACUACAGAGACCUCGGCCCCUGUCGACUGUUGUCAUUGAUUUGGAACUUAAAAAGACUAUUGUCGAAGAUAUCAAAGACUAUCUUCAUCCUCGUACCCGUUCCUGGUACCAAUCUCGAGGCCUUCCGUAUCGACGAGGCUACCUUUUCUAUGGGCCGGGCGCGCCCGGUACUGGGAAAUCGAGUCUGUGUUUGGGAAUUGCCAGUAUGGUACAGCUCGAGAUCUUUAUGGUCAGCCUUAGUGCAAAUGAUGUUAACAAAAAUAGUCUGGCUGUUUUAUUCUAUUCCCUUCCAAAACGAUGCAUCGUUCUGUUUGAAGAUGUAGAUCAGGCCGGUAUUCGGAAACGCGGCAACGAUAUUCCUCUGUCACGGAACCGGCAUGAAACAGACGAAAUCACCGAAUGCGACAGCUUGGAACUCCGCAGUUCCGAGCGGCGAUCAAAAGGAAUAACACUUUCUGCAUUGCUCAAUGUCAUUGACGGCGUAUCAGCGCAGGAAGGUAUAAUCCUAAUCAUGACGACCAACUAUAUCGAAAAACUCGAUGACGCUCUCCUUCGCCCAGGACGUGUGGAUAUGAAAAUUCCUUUCCACCACUUUGACUCAUCAGCUAUUCAACAGCUUUUUCUCGCGUUCUUUCUAAAGCCCACUGAUGCGCUGAUCAUGGGAGGCACCGAGUUAACCGACUCGGUCGAUCUACCACCUACAACGGCCCGUCCUGAAUGGCCGAUGGAGGAUAUCAGGAAACUGUCACUCGAAUUCAAAGGCAAAAUUCCACAGGGCUGUUACGGAAAUUCAAAACUAUCUAUUGCCAUACAGGAAUAA